GUCCUGUCGGCCAGGUGCCAGGCCGCCAAAUUUUUGCCGAGCGCGUCCCGUCGCAGCCUCCAAACCGUCAUGUCAGACUUACCUCGGCUGUAUCUGGUUACCUACAAAUGUAGCUGUCAAGCGUCGAGGGCGCAACGCGACCUCUACUUCCAACGAUACAACGAGAGGGGAAAGAACAAGAAAGGAGAAGAGGUAUAGGACACAAAUCAAACCGAAGAAUCACCCUCCUGCGGCGCGCACAUCAUGGAGUUCGUGACGGCGCUCCGCGCCAGCUCCUUCGACGAGGCGAAGCCGUCGCUCUUUGAGCUCCUCUCGGAGGCGCAGCUAUCAGCCCUCCUACCCCCGACGCUCCGCUACCUCCUCACCGUCGCGACGCAGCGCUACCCUCGGCACCUCCUGCGCAUGCUCAACUCGUUCGACGAGCUAUACGCGCUCCUAGCCCUGCUAGUUGAGCGCCACUACCUGCGGACCCGCGGCGGCUCCUUCACCGAGCACUUCUACGGGCUGCGGAGGGAGCUAGCCGUCGCCGGCGGUGGCGGCAGCGGCGGGGGGAAGGCGCGUGCCGGGGGGAUACCGCGGGCGUCUGUCGGGGCGCCGGACGCGGCGCGCGAAGCCCUGCGGCUACGGGGCGGGGACCUGUGGAGGAACCUCGCCGUGGCCGUGGUGGUGCCGUACCUCAAGCGCAAGCUGGACGAGGCGUACGAGGUCAACGCGCCGAGGCGCCUGCUCGGCUCGGCGUACAACCGCCUCCCGGCCGGGGCGUCGCUGCGGGAGAGGCUCCUGUUCUGCUACCGCUGGUUCCUGACGCACGCGUACCCGGGUGUCAAUGCCGCGUACCACCUCUCGGCCCUGGCGUUUGGCCUGGCCUACCUGUUCGACCGAUCUACCUACCACAACCCUUUUAUGUGGCUGGUCGGCACGCGCCUCCGACGCAUGAAUGCGUCCGACUACCAAGCCAUCGAGGCGCUGGGUAAGACGGCGGCGGCAGCGGCGGCGGGCUCCUCGGCCCUCUCGCCCAGGAACGUCGGGGCGCGCGUGCUGGGCGGCCUGUCGGUGCUGCUGCCAACGAGCAUAUUCGCGCUCAAGUUCCUCGAGUGGUGGCACGCCUCCGAUUUCGCAAGGCAGCUGUCCAGGAGGGCAGCCGAGGGCCUGGACCUGCCCACGCCGAUAGUCACGGGGCUGCCCGAGGCGGCCCGCGUCGGCCGGGAGGAGAAGGGGGCCGGCGCCGCCGCCGGGCGGGAGGACGACGCGAGGCUGGCGGAGACUGCGCCGGUCGCGACGCCGUCGCUGCUGCCCGUGUACACAGUCGCGCCGGCGGCGGACUCGGAACUGUGCCCCAUCUGCGAAGGGGAGAUUGUCACGGCGACGGCGUGUCAGACGGGGUUCGUGUACUGCUAUAGCUGUAUCCACAAGUGGAUUGCCGGUGAGCACCCGAAGCAGGAGGACUUCAUGCAGGAUAAGGAAGGGAAGUGGGAGAGCGGGGCUGGCAGGUGUGCCGUGACUGGGCGGCGUGUAUUGGGCGGGACGGAGGGUCUGAGGAGGAUAAUGGUGUAAGAGACGAGACUGGGUUUGCUUUUGGGGCCGGCGUUUAGUGACUGUUCUAGACUAAAAGGAAAGGUUUCUGGGUUGUUGUUGGAAUAUACCCCCUGUUUCCCGUCAUCUA